CCGCCACCCGACUUUGAACUCACGUCUUCCAGUGCCGGAAAUGUGCACUCACUUCGCCUCCUACGCUCUCUUUUGCUCGUUGAAUGCGGUGCAGUUGGCGUUGAUUCGGAAGUGCGUGAUGCUGCUUGUCGCUUGUUUCAAGAUCAUCUGACCGCAUUGACUACAUCUUCAGAUCUUCAUCUUCUGAAGCCGGAUAUUCGCACUGCGAUUUAUACGAUAGCAUGCUUUUCAAACGGCCAGGCUACAGUCGAUCAGUUAAUUAAGGUUGGUAGUUGA